UUGGCGAGGAACCCUUGGCUUCACGCCUUAUCGAUUUUUCUGUCCGGCUGAUCUCCGGCGCCGAUACCGCUGAAUCCUCUCCUUACUGCCACUCCAAUCCUUUGGCCGCCAUGAUAUCUCUCUCCUCGGUCUCUCCGCCAAACUUUCCUCUGCAGCACUCUUCUUCGGCUGCUACUAAAGCCCUAAGUUUUCGUCAUCUCUCCUCUAGACACUCUCGGUUCAGCGUCCCCGCCUACGUCUCUUCUUCGCCAGUAUCUUUCUAUCAUAGCUCGGUUUCAUAUGGCGGAGAAGCUACGGGGUCGGUGUUUGGAUCAGAACUGCAAACUGAUGAAUCCAACUCAUGGGCUGCUUCCUCUCCAUUGUAUGCUGCUCCACCCCAGACGCCGGCGACCGCAAUGAGGGGUGCCGAGUCUGACGUGAUGGGCUUGCUGUUGAGAGAGAGGAUUGUGUUUCUAGGAAGUGGCAUAGAUGAUUUUGUGGCGGACGCUAUCAUCAGCCAGCUGUUGCUCCUGGACGCCCAGGAUCCCAGUAGAGAUAUUAGGUUGUUCAUUAAUUCUCCAGGAGGAUCCCUCAG